UCUGAACAGGAGCCCACCCUCUACCCCUGACACCAUGACCCACUGCUGCUCCCCUUGCUGCCAGCCUAUGUGCUGCCGGACCACCUGCUGUAGGACCAGCUGCUGGGAGCCCACCUGUGUGACCAGCUGCAGCAGCACACCCUGCUGCCAGCCCUCCUGCUGUGUAUCCAGCUGCUGCCAGCCUUGCUGCCGCCCAACUUGCUGUCAAAACACCUGCUGCGGGACCACCUGCUGCCAGCCCACCUGUGUGACCACCUGCUGCCAGCCCACCUGUGUGACCACCUGCUGCCAGCCUUCCUGCUGCAGCACACCCUGCUGCCAGCCCACCUGCUGCGGGUCCAGCUGCUGUGGCCAAACCAGCUGUGGGUCCUGCUGUGGCCAGAACAGCUCCUGUGCACCUGUCUGUGGAUCCAGCUGCUGCCAGCCUUGCUGCCGCCCAACUUGCUGUCAAAACACCUGCUGCAGGACCACCUGCUGCCAGCCCACCUGUGUGUCCAGCUGCUGCCAGCCUUCCUGCUGCAGCACACCCUGCUGCCAGCCCACCUGUGUGACCAGCUGCUGCCAGCCUUCCUGCUGCAGCACACCCUGCUGCCAGCCCACCUGCUGUGGGUCCAGCUGCUACCAGCCUACCUGUGGGUCCAGCUGCUGCCAAUCUUGCUGCCGCCCAACUUGCUGUCAAACCACCUGCUGCAGGACCACCUGCUGCCAGCCCACCUGUGGGUCCAACUGCUGCUAGUCUUGCUGCCACCCAACAUGCUGUCAAACCACUUGUAGAACCACCUGCUGCCAGCCCACCUGCUGCCAACCAUCCUGUGUGACCAGCUGCUGCAGCACACCCUGUUGCCAGCCAACCUGCAGUGGCUGCUGUAGCCAAACCUGCAAUGAGUCCAGCUAAGCUUUUCUGAGAAACAACAUUCUGACACAGAACUUUGUGACCAUCUUCUUCCUACCAUGCUUGGGAUUCUACUGAAGGUAUACAGUCUACUUCUCUUUAAUGUUAUUCUUCUUCAUUUCCUCUGGAUUAAUGUACCUGAAGGUGGUCAGUCAGCUUCACCUAAUUGACAUGGAUACAUGGUCUAAGCCUCAGGAAGUGAUCAUCAGCUUUUGACCCUAUGCAACUUAAAAAUAAAUUCUUAUGACUGCAUAUCUAACUCUCUAUAAUGAUCAUCCUUUUAGAUAUAUGCAUUUUAUUCAGUAACCUCUGCCAGAUUGCUAAACUCUUUUGUGAUUGCUUUUAAUUGUCUCCCUACCUAGU